AUGGCCGCUUCAAGCCCUAGAUCCAUCCAGCAUUCCCUCAUCCACCACCCAGGCCUCCUCGCGUCAAAACUGCAGCCCAAUUCUCGCUCCUCCCCGCACCACUUCCUUCUGAAAACCACGGCUGUGUCCUCUACCACCUCCUCCACGUCAUCGACCUCGUCCUCCUCAACUUUCCCAACCAUCCAACUCACCAAGCCCGCAGCAAUUCCUUUCUAUUCCUCCCGUUCCUGGGUCUCCACCCUUCUUUCUACAAAGUUCUACGGCCCCUGCCCGCACCACGCCAACCUCCGCAAGAAUGAUCUUAACCUCUUCUGCACAAGACACGCCCAAAAGAUCUGUCAAUACUGCCAUCGAGACAACCACGAUUCGAAACCGUCUUGCACCAUCCUCCACGUUUCCCGCUACAUGUAUCAUGACGUGCUUCUCGCCAAGGAAGCCGCGGCCCUCCUCGACGUCUCUGACGUGCAAUCGUACCUGAACAACGGGAACCGCGUGGUGUACAUCGAUAGAAGGGCGCAACCCAAGUCGAAACUCGCGCCGCACGCCAAAGCUUGUGCCGUGUGCUCGCGCACGCUGCAAGAUCCGUACCGGUUCUGCUCAGUGUUUUGUCGGCUCGCGCAUGCGAACGACCCUGCUGCUGUAGCGACUCUGCCAGUGCCGGACGCGUCGCCAUUACUUCACCACAACAUUCGCAAGACAAAGACGGUAUCUGCUCCGUCAUCGCCGCAGCCUCAGUCGAAGAGGAAUGAGCGGUCGUCAAAACGGGGCGAGCGUCCCAAUUCGCGUGCCAUGUCGCCCGUGACACCGGAGCGCGCCCACGUCAAAAGUAUGUCUCGGACAACGGCUCCUCCCCUUCAAUUGAGGUCUAUUUCUAAGAAGAGCAGACGCAAGGGGACACCAGUGAGAAGUCCAUCUUUGCAUACGCUAGAGUAUUUAUUAAGUCAUGGGACGUGUGUGUAAGUAGGGACAAGAGUGAGAAAUUGAAACUGGCAGAAGGGGAUAGAACAAGGCAGUAGUGUUGUGUCCACCCCUUGUAUCUGUGACGAGAAUUGUAGUGACGAUUGUACAGUUUAGACCUUGUAGAUAAUAGUAGCAUCCUCGAUCAUCGCACAUCGUUCGGUUGAGAUUGCCGUUGCCUACCUUGUAGAAGUACGUGGUUGAAAAAAAGCAAAAAGACAGGAAGGAAAGCGAACCGUCACAUUGAGAACUUAACCCAGAAA